CGGCAUCCAAUAUUAGAAAUGAGCGGCUUGCUAUAGUUUCGGUGUGUAUAAAUAUGCCUGAACGCGACGAAGGUUUUCUUGCAACAAAAAAAUUUCAAUCGAUAAUAAAAUAAAAAAAAAAAACAAUUCAAUAAUUCUAUUAAAAGUCAAUCAAUAUUUUAGAUCAAAUUACAAACUUUUGAUUUAUUUUUUUCUUAAAUUAUUAAAACUCCUUAAAAAUGUCUGUUAUUCAAGAAAUCCCUGCUCCUUAUUUUGUUUCUUUAUUACAUGAAGAAGGAUCAAAUUAUUUCAACAAUAAGUCUCACGCAUUCGAAUUGAAGGUAGAAGGUCUUGAUAGAUCAUUCUUCGUACAUUUAGAAUAUCUUACUUCUCAAUCAACAUUUUUCCGAGAUACACUUGCUAAUGUAAAAGAAGGGGAUCUAGUGAAGAUCAUUGUACCAUCCCCUGAAACCUUUGAACCAAUUAUUGAAUAUUUAUAUUUCGGAAAUGGUGACAAAUGGUAUGAUACCAUGAGCCCUGAUAACUAUAAUGAUGUUUGGGAAAACGUUCAACAUCUCGGUUUAGACGAAAAGGCGAGAACAAUUUGUUUGGCAUAUUAUCAAAACAAUUUAGCAAUAGAAUAAUAGAAUAAUGUUUCAAAUAUAGCUCUUAUUUUUUAUUUUCACGUAGUUCUGCAUUGUAAUUUAUUCAUCACAAAAAAAAAAAAGGAUACAAA